UUCUUUUCCCUCGUCUUAUUUUCGCCGCCGCCGAUGUAUUUCCGCAACGUUCAGUUGCGAUCUUCUUUUGUCCGUGACCAUUUUGAUCUCCACAUCGUAGGAAAGAUCUUUAAGAUCGUCACCAUCCGCCGAUAAAGAUCCGCAUUUAUACAGCAGGUACCGCCCAGUCCCUGUAUAAAUCGACGCAGCGCGCGACCGCACACACCAGAGCUGAGAGCUGACAGUUGAGUUUUUCGUUUGGUUGAUCCAAGAAAAAGCCGCCGCCACCACCAACACCAACAGCCAUGGCCGAAAUGGAGGAUACCCACUUCGAGGCCGGAGACUCCGGUGCGUCCGCCACCUUCCCGAUGCAGUGCUCGGCGCUGCGCAAAAAUGGUCACGUCAUGCUGAAGGGACGUCCGUGCAAGAUCGUCGAAAUGUCCACCUCCAAGACCGGCAAGCACGGCCACGCCAAGGUCCACAUGGUCGGCAUCGACAUCUUCUCCGGCAAAAAAUACGAAGAUAUUUGCCCAUCCACUCAUAACAUGGACGUACCCCACGUUAAGCGCGAAGACUACCAGCUCACCGACAUCGAUGAUGGCUUUCUGGUUCUGCUGAAUGACAACGGCGAUUUGCGUGAAGAUCUUAAGAUUCCCGACGGUGACCUGGGAACCCAGCUGCGCGCGGAAUACGACGCCGGCAAGGAAUUAGUUUGUACCGUUCUUAAAUCAUGCGGCGAAGAAACUGUGAUUGCCAUCAAGAACAACACUGCUGCUGAUAAAAACUAAUACCUCGCCCGUUGCUUAUUGAAACAUCCCGCGAAUCACACCCACACACAGCAGAAAGAAAAAAGAACAAGAAAUUAAUAAUAAAAAAAAAGUUCAGCAACCCCAACAAACCAACAAAACCAAUUGAGCUAUUGCAAGUAAAAAAAAUCACAACUCCACAACAAAAAACAAAACCGUACACACACGCAGCAGGCAGGCAGGCAAAUAGGGCAAACCUCCCUUUUCUGUACUGCACACAACAACACACACACACAGUUGCAUCUCUUAGUAUACAGCUAUUAUUACAAAUUAAAGGAAGCAAAACAAAACAUAAUAAAAGAUAAUACUUUCUGGUAAAAGUAAUCAAACUGAGGUGGAGAUCAGAGAGAGAGGGCAAGUGAGAGAAAGAGGGGAGAAAGCGAGACAGACCGAGACAGAGACAGUGUGAGCGAACCGAAAGUGAGAGAGCGAGCGCGCGCUUUAGACAAAAACACACACACAAACAACCAUGCCCCCGGAAGCAUCCAAAAUCGACGACGAACGGACGUAGCACACAGCACACACACACUCACAGCCAAACCCGAAGGCACACAAACUGAAAACAGCACCACGAGAAACAAUCCUCUCUUUCGGCGGGUUUGGGUUCUGUGAGCGCAGAGAGAGAGAGAGAGUUGUUGCCCCCAAUUCUUCUUCUUCUUUUUUUUUUUGGUGGUUGUGCGUUCGUCAUGCAAAAUCGUCAAGCAACCGCGACAAGAACUGGCAAGGAAAACAAAAAAUCGAAAACACACAUUAAUUAUUAUAAUAAAUUUAAAA